AUGCUCGCUUGCCCCAGGGCCUCGGAAACGCUCGCGGCUGGCCCCCCCUCCCUCGUCCAACUCGGCUCCGUUCCCGUGCCUGAGAGUUCGUGUAGAUCAGCCCGUUCAGGGCACUCGGUUCGGCUGGUUGGUUUCUCAUCCCCUCCGUUUCGGUUUGGCGCGCCGCUCAUCUCCCCACACUUGCUCCGUCCCUUCAUCUCACAGCUUCAACCACGUCCACAACAACCUCCGGGCCAUCCUAUUCGGGGGAAUCAUCAUCAAUCGUCGUUGUCUUUCUCGCGGAAAAUAUCCAUCGUACUCUUGAACAUCGUUUCAUCUUUCGUCUUUCCAUUCGUCGCUGGACUACUAAUCUCCGCCUCUUCUCGCGUCUCAUUGGUAUCGGGAUUUCAUCCUCUGCGCCUUUCUCCGUGCGUCAAAUGCUAUUGUACAGUUGUGUCAUUCCGUAAAAACGUCUGCUCGCUGUGUGUUGGAAUCGGAAAGCCCCCUCCCAGACGCCGGCCAUGA